GUUUUCAUCAACUAAUGUCAGAACUACGAACUGCAAAGUGCAAACUGAAGCUAGGCUUGGGCAACUGAAAAUCAGCUCCGAGGUCCAAACCCGACUCAAUGGCAGGAUCUACUAGCGGCACCGGUUCUUCCAAUCCCUCACCGGCUCCUCCUGCUCCUAAAAUCCUUUUGGCAAAGCCCGGUCUUGUCACUUCUGGGCCGGUGGUAGGUAAAUUCGGCCGUGCCGGUGCCGAAGAUGAAACUGUAUCGCAUAGGUCUCGUCUACCUGCAAUCGGCUCUCUCAAUCUCCUCUCUGAUUCCUGGGAAUUUCACAUUGAUCGUUUUCUUCCUUUUCUGACUGAGAAUACAGACUUCACGGUCGUUGGAGUGAUUGGGCCGCCUGGAGUUGGCAAAUCAACCAUCAUGAAUGAACUUUAUGGCUUUGAUGGAAGUUCACCUGGAAUGCUGCCGCCAUUUACUAUACAGACAGAAGAUAACAGAGCAAUGGCUAGACAUUGCAGUGUAGGCAUUGAACCAAGGAUAUCUGCUGAGAGGCUUAUACUUCUUGACACCCAGCCUGUUUUUAGCCCUUCUAUACUAUCUGAGAUGAUGAGACCUGAUGGUUCGUCCACUAUUUCAGUUUUAAGUGGUGAAAAUCUAUCUGCUGAAUUGGCUCAUGAACUUAUGGCUAUUCAGCUCGGUGUUCUUCUAGCAUCCAUUUGUCACAUUGUGCUGGUGGUAUCAGAUGGAGUUCAUGAUGAUGAUAUGUGGCAUUUAAUGUUGACGGUUGACCUGUUGAAACAUGGGAUACCUGAUCCAUCUUCGUUAACACCUUCACAUAUGCAGAGCUCUAACGCCGGGCCUGAAAAAGAAAACAAAGAUAAAAUCAUUGAAGGUGAAGAAUAUAUGGCUACUCCAGUCUUUGUGCAUACGAAAUUGCAUGAUCAAGAUUUUACUCCAAUUACCUCAAUGCAACUGAAGAAGGCACUCGCACUGUACUUCAGCUCAUCUUCAUUUGUGAGAGAGAAAGGCAAAAACAAGGGAAAAGAAGAUCUCUCGUCUUCCGUGGCUUCUACUACUCGGUGUAAUGAUGUUCAUUUUUCACCUCUGAAUUUAUUUUUAAUCCCAUCUAACAACAGAGAUGACUUGCCAAGACCUCAACACGAGAGUUUCAUCUCUGCACUAUGGAAACUGCGAGAUGAGGUUUUAUCUAUGGACUGCCCUUCCUUUGCAAAGACGGUCUCAGAACGGGACUGGCUGAAAAAUUCUGCGAAGAUAUGGGAACUAGUUAAAAGCUCUGCCAUCAUUGCUGAGUAUAGCCGAACACUUCAAAAUUCGGGUAUGUUUAGGAGGUAGUAAGCCCAAUGUGUGAUGCAUCUGUGUUAAGAGGUAGCAAAAGAUGGUUAUAUUUGUUAUCUUAGUUAGCUGCUUGCCCUUAUGCUCUGUACAAGAAAUAUUCAUGUACACAGUUUCUAUGUAUUUCUUUAACAAAUAUUCAUAUACUGCAUGCACAGUUUCUUUGUACUUCUCUUUUAUUAGCAUUUCGAGGCCUAUGAAUGAAGGAUGUUAGCAGAUGGAUAGGCAAGUUGAUUCCAA